GGGAGAGGGAGAGAGGGAGAGGGAGAGAGACAGAGGGUGAGAGAGAGAGCGCUUCAACCUGAAGUGGACUGCAGCCUGUCUCAUUGCCUCCAAGGUAUCCCAGCAGUAAUGGAGCUUCAUUACUGAGAUCGCGGCAAGAAAAGAAGAGGAAGAAGAAGAGGAAGAAUCACAAUAAGAAGAGCUAAAAAUAAAAAUAAACCCAGGACAGAAUUGCAUUAAUGACAUACAAUAACAUCAGCAAACAAGGGUGAGUGUGUGAGGUCUCCAGCUCUGAAAGAGAGAGAGAGAGAAAGAGAGAGAGAGAGAGAGAGAGAGAGAGAGGAGGUCUUUGCGGAUUGCUGGAAUGUGCUGAUGUCCUGAGGAUGACAAAGCCCCGCACUCAGUCUUGAGUAUCCUCCCUCUCUCUCAUCACUCACUUGCCGUCAUCAUAAAGAGUCAGACCCAGGACCCUGCCAAACAUCCUUUCACAUCAUACUGGAAUCACUCCAGAAGCUCCGGAAUUCUCUGCAGCAUUCCGACUCCAGCGUUCCACAGCUCUCUGUCUCUGCCUCCUCUGUCUCACACACACACACAUGCACACAUACACACAGAGGCACAGAGGGACACAGGAAGAAGUUGUCUAGUACUCUGUGAAACAGAACUCAGAUUUUUCUUGCAAAUUUUCUUGCCUUGUUUGGAGUGUAGACAGACUGCAAGGAGGAAACUACUGCACCAAAAACUGAAAAGAACAAACUAAACAAGCAUUUACGGCACCAGCCUCACGAGCACCAACCGCAAGCAGGCAUGCAGGUCUCCAUCGCUUGCACGGACCACAACCUGAAGGGACGCAACGGGGACCACAGCAAGCAGAAUGCCACCAGUCCCAAUGUGGUCAAUGCAGCCAGAGCCAAGUUCCGCACAGUGGCCAUCAUAGCGCGCAGUUUUGGCUCCUUCACUCCGAGACACCACAUCUCUCUCAAGGAGUCCACGGGCAAACUGACUGGCAUGAAGUACCGAAACCUUGGGAAAUCAGGACUGCGGGUGUCAUGUUUAGGACUGGGAACUUGGGUGACCUUCGGAGGCCAGAUUUCAGAUGAGGUUGCGGAGCAGCUCAUGACCAUUGCCUACGAGAGUGGAGUCAACCUCUUUGACACCGCAGAGGUGUAUGCUGCUGGAAAAGCUGAGAUCAUACUUGGGAACAUUAUCAAGAAAAAAUGCUGGAGGCGGUCCAGUUUGGUUAUCACCACCAAGCUAUACUGGGGUGGAAAAGCGGAGACAGAAAGAGGCCUCUCCAGGAAGCACAUCAUUGAAGGACUGAAGGGAUCCCUCCAGAGGAUGCAGCUGGAAUAUGUUGAUGUGGUCUUUGCCAACCGCCCUGACAGCAACACGCCCAUGGAGGAAAUUGUGAGGGCCAUGACGUACGUGAUAAACCAGGGCAUGGCCAUGUACUGGGGAACCUCGCGCUGGACUGCUAUGGAGAUAAUGGAGGCGUACUCUGUGGCACGGCAGUUUAACAUGAUCCCACCAGUGUGCGAGCAGGCUGAGUAUCACCUCUUCCAGAGGGAGAAGGUGGAGGUGCAGCUGCCUGAACUGUACCACAAAAUAGGUGUGGGUGCAAUGACAUGGUCACCACUGGCUUGUGGCAUCAUCACAGGGAAGUAUGAGAACGGAAUCCCAGAAUCCUCCAGGGCCUCCAUGAAGUCAUAUCAGUGGCUGAAGGAGAAGAUUGUGAGCGAGGAUGGCAGGAAGCAGCAAGCCAAGCUGAAGGAGCUGGGUCACAUUGCUGAGAAGCUGGGCUGCACCCUCCCUCAGCUGGCUGUGGCCUGGUGCCUCCGUAAUGAAGGCGUGAGUUCUGUCCUCCUGGGAACCUCGAACCCAGAACAGUUGACAGAAAACCUGGGCGCCAUACAGGUACUGCCAAAGAUGACGUCUCACAUAGUGUCGGAUAUUGAUCACAUACUAGGGAACAGGCCCUACAGUAAGAAGGACUACCGAUCAUAGGCUGAAAUCAACUCAGAUGUUAGUCCCCUUGUAAUGGAGUGAAACAUCUGGAACAGGUCUGCGGCACCUGUUCCAUGCACUUUCCUACCUAUACGCAGCUCUGCUCAGCAAUUCAAAGUUGGAAAUACCCAGUACCACAUACUAGGCUCUUUUACGAUAAGUGCAUGCCUCCACUUGGAAUCAUGUGUGCCUAAACUAUUUUUGAAGCACAUAAAAUGAAGAAUCAAAAAAGUAUGAAAAAAAGUAUUAAAAUGUCCGGCCAGGAUACUCCUGUUGUCUGACACAGUAUAUUACCUCCCUAAGCCACAUCCAAUUCCUCACAACUCCUGUACGUGAUCCCUGCUUGAACUCCCAGAGAGAACACCCUGUUUCUAAGCAAUGGAAGAUGAAGUGCUGGUGAAAGGGUGAAAGUGACAUGCUGCCCUCGUCUGUCCAAAGAGGGAAAUGCUGCUUUUCUCCCAAACAGUGGGAACACAUUAAGAAAGGAACGUCUAUAUUUGCAUUUGUUAAAGAAAACCCCGCCUCUACUUUUGCUUGUGUAUUGAUGCAUUGUCAGUUGCUGAUGUAAUGAUGGGAAUGUACUAGCAACUACAUGAGAGUAAGGGUUUGUUUCUAUAUUGCUUGCUUCCCAAGGAUGUGAGUGGGUUCCAAUUUUAACAUUAUCCAACAGGAAUAUAUUAUUUAGAAGUAAAAAUAUGUGUAAAUCACUUUAGGGUCAACCACGUCAAAUAGGCCCCCUCCUUGCAGAUGAGGAGAUGAAGUAUACAGUAUAUAUAUAAUUUAUUAUAUAUACAUAAAUAUGAAGUGUACAUAGUUUUGACUUGCAGCACAAAGAUCCUAUUCUAGAGAAACCUUAACCCCAGCUGCCUCCAGCCCAAAUGUCCUCCGGUUUUCCUCAUCACCCUGAGCUUGCAUGCCCUGGUCAAGGCAGUCUGUCACACUAGACCACAAACUGGAUGGAAGAGCACAAAUUUCCAGCAGGACCAGCGGUGCGUUUUGGUUACGUUCAUUUGUUCUUCUUUUUCUGGUCCUGUUGGCUACUGGCAAGACAACAGACACUCCUUGUAUACGACAGAAGCUCAACAUUUUUGAUUUUACUUAUUCAUCAAGAGCAGUAUUUUCCUAUCCGAGUCUUACGAGGACACUGCGCCUGCUGGUUUUAAGUCAAGCCUUCUGAUCCUCUAAAUUUAAUUUAUAAAUGUUUAACUGAACACUGAUCUCAUUUUAUUCUGACGUAGGUUUUACAUAUAUUGACACAUCUUCUAUACAUCUGCUAAAGAGCUGUGCAGUUUAAUGUGUUUGAAUCAAUAAAAAGAUGCAUGGAAAAUAUUUCUAAAUUUUAUUUGUGCUAAUAUCUCCCCCUCAGACAAAUUUAGGGCCUCUUUUUUAUUAGACAUAAUGGUUUGGUCAACUGUUUGAAAAUAAUUCAAUUUAGACCCUGUAAUAAUAACUGAAAAACAACUUAUUCUUGUCUCCUACUCUGCCUUACCAGCUCAAAAGAGGCACUAAUAUAUAGAAAUCAGAUAUACUUCCCCAUUUUUACAAACCUCCACCAACAAAUGUAUUUCAUAAGCAGACAACUGUCAGAGAUCCUGAUCAGACCCAGAAUCCAGAUUAGGGUUCAUUUCUCCGUGAAUCUGCUCCCUAAAAAAUACUUUUUACUUGGUCAAUUGUAGGGGAAACCAGCAUAUGCAGUGAGACCUCUGGACUUUGAAUAGGAAGGCAGUUUAAGAUUCAUUUAGAUGUGGCUGUUGGUACUUAAAUAUUCACUGAUUAGAGUGCCUUGAUUAAGCCCUGCUGAGGGCUGCCAGGUCCCCCUGGAGCUAACGGCAGAAGAGGCUAUGGGCUGAGUCACCUGAACUCCCUCUGUUCAUAUGACUGUGUAAAUUACUCUUAAAAAAUGCAAUGAAAUGAAUCCUCUAUGUUUUCUACAAUUUGUAAAAUUGUAUGAUGGAAAGAUAAAU